UCUGCUCUGCUCUGCUCUCCCAAACACCAUUUCUUUACUACAAUAAGAAGCAAACGCUUUCUGCAUCCUCCUUCCACCUCUCUCUCUCUCUUCUCCCUCGCGCCUUGGGAUAUAUACGGCCCACUCCCGGCCAUGGUUUCGCCUUGCUGCAGCAGUAACAGUGCUUCUGCUCUCGUUCAGUCCUCCGUAACAGGAAUCUUCUCCAACUUCACGUGGAGCUUGCUUGUUUGAUUGAUCCAGUGAAGGUCGCGCUAGCUGUUCGAAGCUGUGUACCCGUCGGAAACAGGGCUUCUGUCAGAUCGUCGGCUUUUGAUUGUCCGUCUCCAUUUCGUCGGGCGAGGAAGAGAUAUUUGCAGCUCUCGCGUAGCCUGACGGAGAGAGAGAGAGUGCGGUUGGACGUACGGUUGGCUGUGAGGUGUAGAGGUUGAAGGAAAGCUGCGAUUCCCGUUUGCUUCCUUUGACGGCGUCGAUCACCGGAGGAAUAGGGUAGUUUGCAGGCGUCCGUACGGCAAGUGGUGCAAGCAGGUGAGCUGCAGAGAGCUGUGAUUGAUUGCGAGUUCAACUAAAAAAGUUGGUCGGCGGAGAGAGACACUGAUUGGACGGCUAGAGAGAGAGAGAGAGAGAGAGAGAGAGGCUGAAGGAGCGAUAGUGAACGAGCGUCUAGGGAGGUUGAUCAAUCUCGUGACCCCCGUGAGAGGAAAAUGCCUCACAGGACGACUUACUUCUUCCCCAGGCAAUUCCCCGACCUCCACCACCGUCAUCCCGGUGGAUUCGAUUCAUCUCCUCCCAAGCAACAGCUGUCAGAUCACGGGAAGCAAUUCCCUCCAACCGCCGCCUUCACCGCCACCACCACCACCACCGGCAGCGUCCUCAAGGACUGUACUGCCUUUUAUCCUGAAAGCGACCGCAAGUCCUUCUCGUCCAAAAAGGACGACAGCUUGUCAAAGUUCUCCCCCGUAUCCGAUCUCUUCACGGGCGACACCGAGCCCGUCCCUCUCAGCAGCGGCGACUUCGCCAUCAAGCACCAAACCAAGAAGCAACUGUCCGACCUCCGCUACUGGUUCGUAGAUCGGAAGGGGGAGAGAGAGAGGCCUUCGUCCUCGUUCCACGUGAAACCAAGACUGUCCGCCCCCACCGAUGACGAUCGCGAACCUCUUCUCCUCCCGCCUGAGCCUUCUCCGGCGCCGGCGCCGGUGCCGGACAGGAGCAUUGACCGGAACUUCGACCGGCAGGUGUCACUGCCGAGGCUUUCAAGCGGGAGCAGUUAUGCAGGGAGCUUGUUCUCCGGCACGACUACUACUGUGGACCGGAGCUUGUUCUCGGGCGGGGUGAAGGAGUCGACCACGGCUUCUACCAAGCGGGGGGAGGAGGAGGAGGAAGGGAAGAAUAGCCUGUCGAAGCAGACAAGGGAGAAAUACCACUUGCAGCUGAGUUUGGCGAAGAGACUUGCCUCCGAAGCAAGCCUCUCCUUUGACCUCCAGCUGCAUUUGCAAUGCAAUGGCGCUGAGGGUCGCUCUAACGUUGAAGCUGUCUCUCUUCGUCUCUGGGUCAGCGGCUGCUUAUCCUAUGCCGACAAAAUAUCAGAUGGAUUCUACAAUAUCCUGGGAAUGAAUCCAUCUCUGUGGGUUAUGUGCAAUGACUUAGAGGAGGGGAGCAGGCCACCCUCAUUGAUUUCACUCAGAGAGGUUGAACCCAGUGAGACAUCCAUGGAGGUUGUCCUCCUCGAUAAACGGGAGGAUUUGCGCCUCAAGGAGCUAGAAGAGAAAGCACAAGAAUUGCAUUGUGAUUCAGAGAAUACCUUAAUCCUGGUCAGGAAACUCAGCAAGCUUGUUGCCAUUUCCAUGGGGGGAACAUUUCCACUGGAGCAAGGUGACCUCCACAGAAGGUGGAGAGUGGUCAGCAGGAGAUUGAAGGACUUUCAUAAGUGCAUUGUCCUUCCCAUUGGCAGCUUAUCUACUGGCCUUUGCCGGCAUCGGGCCAUUCUUUUCAAGAAAUUGGCAGACCACAUCGGUUUGCCAUGCCGGAUCGCCCGAGGCUGCAAGUAUUGUACAGCAGAUCACCAAUCCUCUUGCCUUGUUAAGAUAGAAGAUGACAGGCAUUUAUCAAGGGAGUAUGUAGUUGAUCUGGUUGGUGAACCCGGGAAUGUGUGUGGUCCAGAUUCAUCGAUCAAUGGUUGUUUAAUCUCUUUGAUUCCCUCACCGUUCCAAGUUUCGUACCUGAAAGAAUUCCAGCAGCCCUAUGUGGAUGAUGCAUCCUUUCAUCAAACUCUGAAUGCAGAGAUUUCACAAGCUCGUCCGGAUGAUUACCGGUAUUCAUCCAACUUGAAAGGAGAUGAGUCGAAAAAGGUGCCCUUUGUGGGGGAAUUAUCCACGAUGCCAUUGGAGUUACAAGUUGAAUCUCCAAGACAGGGUGGAUCCAAACUUAUUGCCCAACAGAGAUACAAAGAAGAGAUUACAACAUCUGAGAAUCUGAGUCCAAAAAGCAUCUGUGAGCCAAGUACUUUCUGUGCUUCUGGCCAGUCAGAUAUGAAGGAUGCCAAGGGUCUUGUGAAAUUUCCUGAUGCCACCAUUCCUAGAUACUUGAAUCUUGAACCUUCUCUUGCAAUGGACUGGCUUGAGAUCUCAUGGGAUGAGUUACAUAUCAAGGAGCGAGUUGGUGCUGGUUCCUUUGGGACUGUGCAUCGGGCAGAGUGGCAUGGAUCGGAUGUGGCAGUCAAGGUUCUGAGUGUGCAGGAUUUUCAUGAUGAUCAGUUGAAGGAGUUUCUGAGAGAGGUUGCAAUUAUGAAGCGUGUGCGGCAUCCCAACGUGGUUCUCUUCAUGGGUGCAGUCACAAGGUGUCCUCACCUGUCAAUUGUGACAGAGUAUCUUCCUAGGGGCAGUCUAUAUCGUCUAAUUCACAGGCCAGCUACUGGGGAGAUGCUAGAUCAGAGGAGGCGAUUGCGCAUGGCAUUAGAUGUGGCCAAGGGCUUAAAUUAUCUUCAUAAUCUCAGUCCCCCCAUAGUUCACUGGGAUCUUAAAUCUCCCAAUCUACUGGUUGAUAGGAAUUGGACUGUCAAGGUGGGCGACUUUGGGCUGUCAAGGUUCAAGGCGAACACAUUCAUAUCAUCAAAAUCUGUUGCUGGAACACCCGAGUGGAUGGCUCCAGAAUUCCUCCGGGGAGAACCUUCAGAUGAGAAAUCUGAUGUUUACUCUUUUGGGGUCAUUCUAUGGGAGCUUGUGACCUUGCAACAACCUUGGAGUGGACUUAGCCCUGCCCAGGUCGUUGGAGCUGUUGCUUUUCAGAAUAGAAGAUUGGUAAUCCCACAGAAUACCUCUCCACUGUUGUCUUCCAUCAUGGAAUCUUGCUGGGCCGAUGAUCCCACCCAGCGGCCAUCUUUCGCCAGCAUAGUCGAGUCGCUGAAGAAGCUGUUGAAGUCCCCCAUGCAGUUCAUACAGAUGGGCGGGCCAUGAACAGUACGUUCAUCUCGCUCCUACCGAACUCUUAGCUAAGUAAGCUCCAAGUUAUUACAAUUGGCACGUCGUAACCCCGAGAUUGCUUAGAGUUGCUCUCUUGUAUGCUAACCAAGAGGUUUUCCUCACUUUUGGGUAAGUGUAAAAGAAAUUCGAUCCUUCAAAAGACUCCUAACCCAUUUUGAAUGCAGUCCGCUGCAAGGUGAAGCUACUUAUAAGUGCUUUGGUCGGUCCAUAUGGGUUGUUACUAGGACUUUGAGCCGGCCUUUUUUUCUUUUUUUUUUUAAUCCCUUGCAAGCUGUAAGCAAGAUGAGAUUCUUAAGACACGUUCGAUGUUCCUUGCAACAGUAGCUGCUGAUCCAAUAAGCUUGAUAGAUGCUAUAUAUAUAUAUAUAUAUAUAUAUAUAUCGCCUUUCCUUCUCGUGAAAUAAUGUAUGAUCGGCUUAGUUCUUUAUCUUCUGAUUGCCAAUAAAUCCCUACUAUUUCGCAUGGUUUUCA